UCCUUCCAGCCAAUAGAAAGCACCAAAACCUCCAAACGCAGGAACCAGUAAGUAGCCGGCAGUAUUUGAAAACUUUGGUGAGAGGCUGUGUUGUUGAUUUUAAUAAUUUCUGAUUGCACUUUCAUAACACUUCGUGAAAUGCGCGAAACGGAAUGUGAAGCUGUUUGUGAGCAAGUUGCGUUAAAAGCAGGCGCUGUGGAGUUGAUGCAGGAAACGGACACAGCCCUGAGUAUUGAAAAUGUUCGGCUUCACGAUGGGAUUGAUGGUUUAAGACAUGGUCUUUUCCAAAAUGAUGAUUAUGAUGACAAAGAUGCAGAAAGCUCUGAUGAUGAUGAUAAUAGUGAUUAUGGCAGCCAUGAUAAACCAGGAACAUCGUUGCCAAGACUAAUACAAAAUGGAAAUGUGCCUUUUCCAGAUAUUUUCCAGACAAACCAGCUUCUCUUUUAUGAGAGGUUCAAGGCGUACCAAGAUUACAUUCUGGGUGACUGCAAAACCUCAGAAGUAAGAGAAUUCAUUGCAGAGUACUUGGAGAAUGUACUUGAGCCUAAUGGCUGGCAAGCGAUCUGGCGCACUGAUGUCUUUGAGGUGCUAGUUGAGGUAACCGAUGUGACCUGCUCCAGUCUGAAAGCAGUGGUGCGGGUGGUAGAGCCUUUCCUCUGUGAAUCUAAGGUUUGUGCGUUUACUGUGGAGGCCAUGAACAGUCUUCUGGAGGCUAAGGAUUACCUAGUUCCAUUGCAGGAACUAUUUGUUGUAUUUGAAGAAUCAGGAGAAUUUGAUCAGACUGCCAUGGCAGUGGAACAUGUUAGGUUUUUCUACCAGAACAUUUGGAGAUGUUGGGAUGAAGAGGAUGAGGAUGAUUUUGAUUAUUUUGUUAGAUCUGUUGAACCACGACUUAGACUGUAUUACGAUAUUGUAGAAGAUCGUGUCCCUUCGGGCCUUGUUGUGGAGUAUCACGGUGUGUUGUUGCAGUGUGAAAAUAAAUACAAGGAAUUCUUAUCUCUGCGAAACAGCAUUGCUGAGAGUGACCUGGAUACAGAGUCUGGUAAUGUCUCUAUGGUUGAAGGGCUGAAGCUGUAUGAAGAAAUCGAAAGCUUAAAACGAAAAUUGAGGCUCAUUGAGAAUCCUUUGUUAAGGUAUGUGCUGGGUUACCAGGCUGUAUCACGACCUCGAGCCCAUAAGGUUAAGGGAUUUCGUCCUGAAGGAGGAACAGUCAUCCACAUUGUAUCAAGAUCACUUAAUGUUAGCCUCUUGCAGUCACUAAUGAGAGAUAAGCUUUAUCCAGAGUCAUCCAAAGAAGAUCUUGAGAUACAGUUUCAUAGCGAUCCUUUGAUAGCUCUGAAUAUGUGCUAUGAAGGCGAUACAGUGGUCAUCUGCCCAGGACAUUAUUCUAUAGAUGGUUUCUUCAGCAUUGCAGAUUCUAUUGAACUCGAAGACUAUGGAUUACUGACUAAUUUUCUCCUUGUUCAGCCUGGUAAGGGGGACAUCAGUUUUGUGGAUUGUACAGUGUGUUGUUCUAAGAUUGCUAAUGUGAAGCUCCUUCACUAUAUCGGCACCGAGGGGCUCCUCUGUGUUCGACAGGGGAAGACAUCUAUGGAGAACUGUGUGUUUCAAUGUGAAACUACAGGAGUUACAGUCCGACCAUCAGCAGAGCUAUUUAUGAAGAACUGUGACCUAUAUGGGGCAAAAGGUGCUGGUGUGGAAAUUUAUCCUGGUAGUACUUGCCAACUUAUCGGCAAUGGCAUACAUCAUUGCAGGGAAGGAAUCCUUAUCAAAGACUUUAUAGAUGAAAUGUGCAAAAUUCCAAAAAUAACCAUGGUGAAUAAUGUGAUACAUAACAAUGAAGGCUAUGGUGUUACCUUGGUCAAACCAGUGAAUUCAUCGGAAAUUAAGGAGAAAAUGCCAUCAAAAUGUAAAGACGCAGGAACAUCCUAUACCAACACAGAAGAACGGGAUCAGCUGUGCCAGGAAACCUGUAACAAAGUGUGUGUAGUAGAUAUAAAUACACAGAGCAGCUCAAAUGACUCUAACCCUUCAGAGCAAAUUGAAUGCAACACAAUAAUUAUAAAUGAACUAGUUGCUACCUCCGUUAGGAAGACACAGAUAUACAGAAAAAGACUAAGCGAGCUGGGAAUUACGGAGGCUAAUGACGAUUUGAUGUCUGAUGAGAUGUUUGUUUCUAUUGCAGGAAAUCAGUUCAAAUACAAUGGAAAGGGAAGUUUUGGCAUUUUCUUUCUGUAAAUGUCAUGAAGUUAUUUACUUCAGAUGUGACUACAAGUGAUCAAUGCAUUUUUAUUCACUUCUUUCUGCCACUGCUAGAAUAGCUGUGGUUUUCAAACUAGUGUUGCACAAUUCUUGUUCAGGAAAUUUUGAGCCAAGUACUGUCAAGUAUUAGAAGUUCAUAAUAUGUAUCUUUAUUUGCACAGAUCAUCUUUUUUUUUGUAACUUCUUCACAGGUCAUAAUUCAUGUUGCAUGUCUUCACUUGUCUGUUUGCUUCUUUAUAUUGCUGUCUUUAUCUAGCUAUAUAUGUUGCUGUACUUUUUAAAUAUUUGUUCACACAUGCGCUUGCUCACAUAUAUGCAUGCACGUAUACUCGUGCACACACACACACACACACACACACACCUGUAAUCUUAAGGAAGUACUGCAUAUUCUCACUUCAAUUAACAUGCAGAUUAUUAUAGCUACAUUAAAUUUUUUUUUAUUAAAUAAGAAAGGAGGAGAAAAUUGCAUCUUAGUUUAACAAGGCAUGGGAGUUUGGUUUGACCAGGGGUAGCGCAUCUUUUGUCUCAGCGGUGCUCAGAAAUGUCCGUCCUUGAAUCCACCAAGGAUUAUAAUCUUUCUAUUUGUUCCUGACAGUUAAAAUCUCUUUACCCAUGUUUGAUUAGUAUAACUAAACCAUUGGCCUUUAAGUAGUUUGCCAACUUUGUAAGUUCUCUCUUCCUUCCUGCCAUUUCCAGUCUAUGGAUCUGUUAACAAUCUUCUCAGAAAAGUCGCAAAUAUUUGAUGUUAAAAUCGUUCUUGACCAAAGCUUCCUGACCUUGCUAAAUUUUUGUGUAUUUAUUGGAUACCAAAACAGGCGCAUAAUUGUUCUACUACACAAUUUUAGCAGUUGUCAUCUCUGGAGAUUAAGCAGCGUUGCUCUUGUAUUUGUCAAAACUUGAUUUUCUUUUCCCAAGUCAUUGCUCACUUCAUUGCAUAGGUGGAAUAGCAAUAAGAUUGGAGGAAAAGUUAUCACACUGAGGACCAUUUUGGGAGUCGCAAGUCAGGACCUCUGCACAAAAACACAUUAAGGGAUCAGAAUUUCAAAGCUUAAGGUCCACAGAUCUGAUUCUUCUAAGUUUUGCUUCUCCCUUAAUACGGUUUCUGCCCCCUUACCAGCUACUUUCUUUUCUGUUGAGAAUUCAGCUGUGGAGUUUGUAUCUAAUGUUUACAUGAUUCAUGAAAACAGCAGAGAGAAUCUUUCCCAUUCUCCAAUUCUGGAUGGAUAUUUCACAUUGGGGGUCAUGCUUUAUUUUAGGGAAUAUCUGUAGAACUGGUUGAAGAGGUUAGAAACCAAGAACAGUGGUGGGAAUAUGUGGUCUAAUCAUAUUUCGUAUGUUUUUUUUUUGUUUUUGUUUUGGCAAAUUAUCUUCAGAAACAGCCUUGUAUUCUACUGGUGUGAUGUGGCCUGCCUCAUGCCCCUCUGUUAUGCUUCCAACCUUAAUCAACUUUUGAGAGCGGGUCCUUUUUUAUAGUAUAAUUUGACUAGGUUGUGUAACUGUAGCACUUUACAUCAAAUAAGUUGACACUCUAACGCAUAUGUCUUUAUCAGCCAUACAGGUAUAAAUGUAUCCGCUGCCAUAUGCCCCACUGAUAACUGAUGAUCUCUGCAGGCACUCCUGUACCUUCACUGCUUGUCUUAUUCAUGUCCCUUGCCCCCCCCCCCCCUCGGAGAGGAGAACUUUAAUAGAAGGCAUUUCAGGAGAGUGAAUUUUGCCCCCACUCCCUUUUUUUCCAAGGCAUUACUAUUGACUAAAGGGUGAGUAUUUCCCAUUUAAAACUGGCAGUGCUAAUUUUUCUUUCCUGUAGAAAUUCCCAUAUUGGUUUAUCCCUUUAGAUGGGAGCACGGAAUGGAGAAAGAUAUCCUAGAUGACCUGAGCAUCCUUGCCCUUCCCAAAAAGUAAAGUAGCAGCUCUCUGUGAUAAAAAGUACCAGCAUUCCUUAAAUUUUUUGUGCAGGAUGCUGUUUAUUUUGUGUAGAAACAACCUGGCCUGCAACCUUUCCAUCCUUGAAGAAAAUCAGCUUUACAAAACAAAUCUUGAUCUCUAAGCAUAUGUGAAGAAAAUCUGAAGAUGGAUCCCUGUGCAGUGUCUGCCUCAAAAAUAAAAAUUCAGGUACAGUGCAAAGGCUUGACAAGUAGACUGGUGUUUUCUUAUUUUAUCUUGUGUAGCCCAGUUUCAUGUGUACAGUAGUGUUUCACAAUUUAUAGAAGGUCUUCAUACUCUGAUUCUUCAGACAGGAAGGCUACAGAUAAAUCUGAAUGCCCACAGAUAGUUUACUUUGAAGGCAGAUGUAACUGCUGCUGAUAAGGCUGCACCUGCAAUGUUCAAAAGUGGUUGGUUUCUUACCUAUUGUACCUUAAGUAACUGAAAGAGAUAAUCCUUGACUACUUUUACAGCUGACACUGUCAGGAUGUUUGUCAUAUGGAUCGCUGUUGCUGUAGUGAUAACCACUGAGAUGACUUCUGCAGAAGGUUUAACAUCUAGCCUGUCAACCCAAGUUUUGCAUGCUUCGACUUCCUGGGUUGACAAAUGUCAGCAUCCAUGGGAUAUCAACAUUUUCUUGUUAUAAAAAGUGAUAUCCAGCUAUGCAAUCUUUAGGUAAUUUUUGCCAUCCGUAUGGUUUGCAACAGUUGUACAUGCAGAGUCUUUACUCCAUUACUGCAUCAGUUUGACCUAUUGUCCCAGAGUUGACAGAUGAGCACUUCAUUAGGAAACAUUCUUCAUAUAUUUUGUUUUUUAACCAUAUUGUGAAACUGUUUAUUGCUUGUGCUUUAGUCAGAUGACCUGUGUGUGUACAGGGCAUGUCCAAACCAGAGAAGGUCCGUAAAUAUUCAUGUGAUAAGCAGAUACUGUAUAAGCGCACACAGAAUCCACCAUCCCCCGUCUCCGAUAAGAACAGGCUUUUCAGAUGUGUCCUUUGUAAUAAAUAUCUUCCAUUGUUUCAUUGCCUACAGAAUACUUCUGGUCAAAAAUGGAAAAAAAAUGAUGUAGAGAAGUGCCAGACAGAGAAGGAAGUAAAAGACAGGGUAGGCAGACUCUGCCCCCAAGGGAUCACCUAGACGUACGGACACUCUGUCCAGAAAUUCUUUUUUGCAGUCCACUGACUGAGAACCUGAAUGGGCUGAGGCUUCUGCUGUUGUCCUUUAGGAAAUAAUUAUGUCUAAGAAGACUUGCAUGCUUGAGUCUAGGACAAUCAGUCCAGUCAUGAUACUCGCCAUUACCUGAAAUGCACACGAGGAGAGAGUUGUCGCAUCCCCCACAUGGCAUCGGUCGAGGACCGUUUCGGACUUGCCCUGGAUUUUCAUGCAUUUCCUUCAUAUCAUUCAGCUUCAGUUAGGUUAGCGGUCAGUGUUGGCCAUCCUUUCCAAUAAGAAAAAAGGUAAUUCGCCCCAUCAGAGAGCUGAAAUCUCCUGAUUCAGAGGAGGAAAAAUCGGGUUACACUUCAGGAUUGCUUUCUCUGUAGAUUGAGAUACACAUAUCUGCAUGCAAAGGAUGCCUCAUACAAGUGAUACCUUAUGCAUGAUGAGAGAGAACUUCAUAUGGGAAGGGGAGGAGGUCUCCAGUACCCAGAAUAUUUUUAUCUUUUGGGUCUGUAUACUCAAGAGACAUUUCUUAAUUCUCUAGUCUUAUGGACUUUACAGGACAUUUUUGCCUGCAUCCCUGGAGCUUGCCUCCUAGCCCCUUGCUUGCUUGAAAUCUGAUACCUACGUUGGUAUAGGAUUUCCAAAACUGCUUGCAUAAAAACACCACUGCUGUUCAUGCAGUGAUGUUCUUAGUUACAUAAAACGGGAUCUAAAUGAUUUCCAAUCCCUGACAUACUUCACAGUGACUGUGAGAUUAGAAUCUUAGUUCCCUUUGGAAGGAAGCUUAUACAGUAGAUUCUCAGGGUCUUUUUUCCUCACUAUGAUUGGAAUAUCUGGAAGAGUGAUUCAUGGGGAGUUUUGACAGGGGCGAGCACAGCAGGACUGACUGGGAGAACCUACAUUUUUGCUUCAAGAACAAGGAAAACAAAAUAGCACAGGUGAAAGCACUCUUUCUACCAGGAAUGUACUUAUGUUGUACAGCCACCAACUUGGUGUGGGAGGGGGAUGGGGAUGGUGCAAAGGUCCGGAAGUUGGGCUGUCAGACCUUUUGAGGCAAACAUUCCAUUGAUUAUUGCUACUGCAGCAAUAAUCCUACUCAAACAUUGACUGCUAUGGUUAAGUUCUUUACAAAAUUGCACUUUUGUUUAGACAAGUCCUGUAGCCUUUUCAGAAAGUUUCAAAAUCUCCAAGUGGUGCCAUGUUUGUUUUCAAAAGUUCACCUUCACAUAUUGACCAAACAUGUAAUUUCUUUUUCUGCCCCCACGUGGUCAUGCUGCCUAAAACUCCAUCCAUUUGUUUUAAGCAGCAGAGUGUGAUUCAGGGAUGGUCUCUAGUUAAACAGUAUCUUUUGAAACAUCUAAAAGAACCAGUAUGUUUAUGUUUAUCUUGUUAUUACUGGAUAUGUUCAGGAGACACGAGGGAUACUUCUGAAACAACAAGACUUUCAGAAAUUACAGGAGGUGCUGCUGUUGGGGUCCCAUCACUGUCAGUACAUUUUGCUCUCUUUGUCCUUGUAUACGUUGAAUGGUGGCAACAGUCUAGCAGCACUGAGGACAUCCUACUCAUUUGUGGCCAGUUUGUUGCUGGUGGGUACCUAUGGUGCAACCCACAUUUUGACCCUUUUGGUCCUGCUGUGGAUCAUCAUAACACAUUUUUUUUCUUUGUAAAAGAAUGUCACUUGUCAAGCCCAGACCAUUCCAUUCAUUGGAAACUUUCUGAUCUCAGUGCUUCAGUGCCUUUAUGCUACAGGUUUCAGCUCAGAAGUUAAUCUUCCUGGUGAGCUAAGUUUCUAAUAUCAGAGGGUCCCAAUUUAUCACUACAUCAUACCUGCCAAUUGUACCUCCAGAGUUAGACAAAAGCAAAAAAAAUAAUUAGGGAAAAGACUCCAAGUUAGGGAUACUUGUAAAAUGCUGGUACUAUCAUUUUAGGACUUCUCAAAAUCAUUUCCAGUUUUCGAAAGGAAGGAGCAAACAGGUGCUCCUCCAAAAUCUGGAGAAGGUGAUAUGUAUACAUGUUGAGUCUUGUGCUUUUGAGCCCCCUGCCAAGAGAGCCUUUUUCGGUGGCAUUUAUAUUGCCUAGAAAUGGUCUUUUCAUUCCUCCACAUCCAGUGUAUAUUCUGCAAAUGACACAUUUUCCUUGAAGAGGGUAAUACAUAAUUCCUGGAGACUUGUCAUUUUCUUACAGUUAAGGUGGCCAUUUAUGCCCUUACAUGAUCUGGAGGUCUGUCUAUGUCCCAUAUCCAUUCUGUUCAGAUCAAAAAGGCCGUCAGGAGAAUGGUGCUUGAAUACACCAAGUAGGCCAGAGGCCUGCUUACCUGUACAUUUAAACUUGACUGAGAGGUGGUACAGAGUUUUGAAUGAACACUGUAGGAGUUCACAUUUUUGGGAAGGAAAAUUUCAUUGCAUUGUAGAUGCUUUUGUGAAUGUCAGAAUUCACCUCUGUGAUGUGUAUGCUGCCUUUUCCUGCUACCUACACUUUGGUGUUUUUGGAGACUGUUAAAAAAUGUGUUUUCCCCCUCAAAUGGCUCUACUCAGUAGAACGAGUGCACAUUGUAAAUGUUUUUUCACUUUUUUUUUAUUUAAGUAGGUUAGCUUACCCCUGCACAAGUAUCUAUUUCCAUUGACUACCUAGGAAGGCUGUUUGGCUAAGUGACUUGCUUGGAGUUGCACAGUAGGCAGUUGGAGUCUGAAGGAAUCGUACUUUCAUAGGCAGGUACUAAAUCGUUCUACAGACCAUUACAAGUAAACACUAACCUGGAAGAAGCAUCUAGUUUAACAACUCAUAUUCUUAAUACUUUGUGCUUUAAAAAUACCUGAUUGCUGAAAAGACAGGAAAGGUAUAGAUACGUCUUCAGCAAUUGUUAUGAUGGAACGUUUCAGGCAUGUUUCCUUAGUAGUCCAGAAUAACUCUUUCCUUUUUAUGAAACCCUUUGUAGUAUGGCAACAUAUUUGAUUUCAAACCCUUAACUUCAUUAUUUGUGCCAUUCUCCAGCUGUAUGCUUAGCUUCUUGGAUAAUACGGAUCCACCUCCUUGAUCAUACAUAGAUUAUACUUGGCGGCAGCUCAAAAUUUAUCUUAUAAUGAGACCUGCAUUAGCCAUACAGAAUCAUUCUCCACUCAGGAUCACAGUCUAUAUCUGCCUCCUGAUACCAUACAGGACUUUCUACAUGCUUCAGAUAACUUUUCUGAUUUAGGUUUGUGAUAUUCCCCUGUCGUGUUGCUUGCUUUGAUUAUGGUAGAAUGGAAGGAAAUGACUGCACAAAUUAACUAGCCAGGUCAUGAAUGAUAUCCAGACUGGACAGAUGCAUGCUAACACUUUUGUGUGUGAAAAGAAGAGUUUGUUUCAAACAUUUAAAUUUGAUAUUCCUAAACUUGUCCAUUUAUUUUAUUUUUUUGUUCUGAGGUCUGUAAUGGUCUGCUACCUCAUGCUCAAGACGUACAUGUAUAUGUUUUAGCCUAUACGGUAAAGGUGAAAGAUGUAUAGGCAGCAGAUACGUUUAGUCUUGUUUGCUUUGGAUCAAGAAUGGAAACCAGGGGGUCAGAUAGCUUCUAGUUUGCUGACUGUACAGGUUUUGCCAACAGAGAGCUAAGUAGCCUUUUUCCUAAUGUGGUAUAGGGGUUUUCAAGCAUUAUGUCUGUGCCUUAUGUCACGUUCAUAAUUAUUAAA